AUGGAGCAUAAGAAUGAUGGAACUAGCCAAGAAGCCAAUGAUAAACUGGUCUUGAAGGCCAUUCAAGAUGUGCUGAAAGAAAAACUGCAUAAAAAGGGUGUUCGUAUUUUGACUGGAUUGGGAAAAUACUUUAAACAGUUGGAUAAGGAAGGAAAUGGACUUUUAGAUAUGGCAGAUUUUAAGCAAGCUCUAAAAGUAUUUCAUUUAGAAGUGUCUGAAAAGGAUUUUGAGUCAUUGUGGCUAAUUUUGAAUGGCAAUUGCAAUGGCAAGGUUGAUUAUGGAGAAUUCACACGUGCCUUUAUUGGUGAAAUGAAUGAAUAUAGGAAAUCAUUUGUUCCAAAGGCAUUUAUGAAACUGGAUUUCAACAAAAUUGGCAGAGUGCCUAUUAUAGACAUAAGAAAAUGUUAUCGUGCAAAGAAGCACCUGCAAGUAAUUUCAGGUCAUUUCACAGAAGAAGAAAUCAAAUCAUUGUUUCUAGAAACAUUAAAAGAUGCUUGCAGCAAGUCUGAUGAAGUGUAA